GCUUGUCAAAUUCAAUAAAAUAAUAUUUAUAAAAUGGGAAAUAUUAUUCGACUGCUUUGGCGCAUGUUUUUAAUGUCCACCAUUUGCAUUGGUGCUGAAGUUAAGUCGAACCAAGCGACAGAGAGCCGGGCGCGACCCACCGCCAACGGUUCUCACGCCGUCAAAGAGGCUGCAGAUGUGGUGCGGGUGGUAUCUGGUACGCAAGUAAAGCGUUUCGAGCGAAUGACUGUUCCUUUGGGUGGCCAGGUCAUCCAACAUCCAAUUUAUUUCGGUUACAAUUUUGCCAGCGUUGUGCCGAAUUGGCAAGCGUCCGCAAAAAUUGUAGGAGAUGGCGAGUCCGCUGCCAACGGAGUGAUUACAUUCCAACAGAUACCCUACAAUAAUGACAUCAGGGUGACGAUCAACGUAACUGGAUUGCCACCAGGCAAGCAUGCUGUACACAUACACGUUUACGGAGACAUCAGCGAUGGCUGCAAGUCCACUGGUGGGCAAUUUCCCAAUAACUUU